UCAGUAUUGCACGACGCGAACAUAUACAACAUACGUAUUUGACAAAAAAAAAUGAGAGACUCCGAGUUUCGUGCUCCGGGAGCCUAGUUUCGUUCCUUUUGUUAUUUUUAAUUUUUUCCCAAAUUCAUCAAUGCGGAUGUACCAGCCGGCCACGCGAACGAGGAAUUUCUUUAAUCGCCUCAUUGUCUCUGCGUCGCAUAAAAAAAAAAUAAAUAUAUUUAUACACGAUAAAGUUAAACCCGACGGAGAUCAGAGAGGAUGGCUCAUCAGAAUUAGCGCUUCGUACGUGAGCUACGUGAGCCAGUCACGAAUGCAAGAAGAUCAAACAAAACAAAAACAAUCGUGUGUUGUUUGUGGGGGCAGGCAGGCAGCGACAUUUGAUUGAAAAAAAAGUUCAUAAAGAUUGUCUUCGUAAGAUGGGAUCGCCGAGAGCUCAAGCAGUGUAUCUUUAGCGGGAUGGUUUUUUUUAUUGUUGUUUUUAAUUACGGGCAAUUUAGUCGAGAAUCUUCCGACUGAUGUGAAGAUCGUAGAGGAAUAAGCAGCAGAGUGUUUUAUUCCACUGGACCAUUUAUUAUUCUUGUUUACGGCAGGGCAAACGUAAUUUCUUAAUUUUUAUCCGAUCGCUGUACGCGUUUUAGUUCGUGUGCAUAACGUCUGUGAUAUAAAUAAAUAAAGUGAAAUAAAUAUAAAAUUUCAUUUGGAGAGUGGUUUAUGGAUGUGAUCGGUGGAACAGAGUCAUGGCAACGCUUUUCGAAAGUCCCUACUUGUCCAACAGGCUGCGACAUAUCGAGGAACGUUACGAGGGGCCGACGACCUUCGGAAGAUGCGAUUGCACGAGUUACAGUUAUUUAGCACUGAGCCUCGUAUUAUUCGCGAUCGGUACGGCUAUUACGAUAUUCGCAAUUGGCGACGUUGCCGAUCGGCAAGUAUUCUCGAAUCUCGGUCACAUGUGGCUCGUUGGACCGAUUUUUAUAGGCUCCGGUCUCAUGCUUGCUGUCAAAUGCAUCUUGUAUCUUCGAAGAAAAUCUGUUAUCCAAAUGAUCUUUCAUCAACGAUUAUUCCUGGAAUUAGCUGCGGCUCAGGGAAUGAGCGGAUCCGGGGCCGGCAUGAUUGGACCACCCUCGUACGAAAUAAUAACUCAGGCUCAGUGUACCAAUGAGUUGCCACCUCCAACGUACGCGGAAGCUGUGGCUCUGCUCCAGCAGGCCGGUAUUCAUGAUGCCAAACUGUCCUCGAUAGAUGGACCCGGAAGCCACGACGGUGGAACUGACAGAACAAAGCCCUGAUUUCUUAUUCUCGGGUCUUGAAAAAAUUUCAUCUCCCAAGGUUCCAGGACGAUCUGAAAAAAUCACAUCGGCCGACCAAAAAACGUCGGAAUCCUUGAUGGAAAACCGUACUAAAAAAUUGUCGAGAAAAGAAUUAUUUUUGAAAAUGCAGCGCGUAGUUUCAGGGUAAACAUAACGGAAUUGGAAAACGCACGGAACUUGUUUAAUUUUCAUUCUUUUCUUGCUUCAAGUAUCCAUUGUGACAGGAAUUUGAAAUAUUUCUCAAUUUUAAGUCCUCGGGAGUUUUUUCUUCUGCGACUUCGUCGUACGCAGUUGAAGUUUUGGAUCGAUAACUCCUGACUUUUGAGCGUGUGUGCAGUCGAAAAUAAAAAAAAACUGCAUAUCCUCGGCGAUCGAAAAUUUUCGACGAACGGUUGAUCCUUCGUCAACUUCCUGUUCCGAUAUAGAUUUGUGUCAAUGCACACUCGGCCCACAAUGACUUCUCGAGGGCAUGAUAAAACUAUUCGAUCGGAAACUCGGGAUAACUUAACGUGCAGGAUUUUACGGUUCCUAUCAAAUUGAGCAAUAAUUGAACCGAUCAAUUUAACGAGAGACCAUAAGAGAAGAAAAACAAAUGUCUCGGUGCUAGCUGCGAUCGUUACAGUUUGCGUUUUUUUUCCAAUAUUUCCAUUAAUUGGGAAAAGCAUUCUAUUGUGAAUUUAAUUAUUAUUAAUUGAGGAAUGAGAUACCUAAGUAAGCUAGUGAUUCAAGUGCAAAAGAAGACGUCACUCUUUCUCUUUCGUAAUACAGAGUAAACGAUUUGUGCUUGAAAUUUAAAAGUAUAUAAAAAAACGCUGUACGUAAAAAAAUCGUCUCAAAUGAAUUGAUAAUUUUCAAUGAGUGACGCAUUGAUCAAAGUCAGAAAAAAAUUGAUCGAUGAAAAAUCAUUUUUCUACUUUUCUAACACUCUCCGAACUAGUAAUUUACAUUAAAAAUAUCCUUAACUGUUCGUUCAAUGAACACGAUAAACCUAAACGAGUCAGCGAUAGCCUUAAAAAAUGGGGUAGUGUACUUGUAAUUCCUAUGUGACGCCGUUAUUAUGAAUGGAUAUUAGGGAAAAAAUUGAACAACGCCGUUAAGUUGUUCGAGUCCUGGAUCCUCGGAAGCCUAAUUUAUCCUAGACAAUCAUCAAUAACGACUGAAAUCGUUUGAAUGAAAAUCUCAUUGGGAGAUAUCGUCAUUCGAUCGAUUUAUUUCAACGUCCCACAAUCACAGCGAGCUUCGAUUAUUUUUUUUGUUCAAUCUUCCUUUUAACCGUGGAAAUCGAGAUUUUUCCAAACGUUCUGAGAGGAAAACUGUUGCUGUUUCGUAACUACCCAGUGCCUUAUGCGAUUUUGUAAUUUUUUCAUCAUUGGCCUAGAGAUUUCGUAAGAGGAAAGUAGCAAGGAAAAAAGGAAUGAGAAGGCAUGAACAAAGUUUCUCGUCCGUAUGUACAUGACGAGAUUUUAUUUUUUAUUCGUUUUUGCCAUUCUCCGGAGGAUUAAUCUUAAGAAAGUGAAUACUGUACACGCCGUUUAGAUUUUUAGGAAGGAUAGAGAAUCUGCGUAUAAAAUCUACGUGAUUAAGAAAGAUGAAAAAUUUGUGAAUUUGCAUUCUUACGAUGGAUAUUUUUCUAUCUUACAUCAUCUGAACCAUUGAGACUGCUGUUGCCUUAGAUUGUAUAUUCAAUAUCUCGAGAGAUAUUUAUAUGAGUGAUUGAAAUUUAAACAUAACAUGAUUAAAACGUUUCGACAGUAUUAAUUGUACCGGAAAAAUGUUGUACUUAGAAGUUGAAUUAUUGCAAAUAAUCGGUUUUUCUUUUUCUUCAUUUACUUACUCAUGGAUUCAGCAAUUAUUUUUGAUAGUUCAUUGAUUGGGAAGAAAUUGAAAAACAAAUACGAUCAUUUCAGGAAAUACGUCUCAAUUUCUAGUAAUUUAUCAAUAACAAUCGUGGUGCAUUUUUCUUUUAAAAUUUAUUUCUAAUGUUUUCAUUAUACUUCGUUAAGAUAGAUUUUUAUUUAACGAGGGCAUAUGUCAUAUAAAUGUUAUUGAAACGAAUUUUCGACAAAAAGAAAAACCAACUGCCGAAAAAGCAUGACGAUUUUUAUCGCAUUACGGAGUGAAGCCGGUAAUCGGCAUUCUUAUUAAUUUUUCCUGAACACUCGGAAAAAAAAACAAUGGAAAACAUUACAGCAGUAAUACGAUGCCAAAAAAAUUAAAAAUAAAUUAAAAAAAAAAACCGAAGAAUCCUCAAUAACUGCAUUAAAAAUCUAGACAUCCCAGAAAUUUCGUAUGAAACUAAAAACAAUAUAAUAAGAUUGAAUAUUUAAGAGGUGUCGCCAAAUCAACAGACUUAAUUUUUUACGAGCAUACAAUUGUGAUUAUCAUGUACACGCGCGCACAUACAUACAUAAUUGAAACCGAAAAAUAUAACGUCCAAUUAUCGAAA